UUAAGUUAAUAUAAAAACGAUUCAAUGUUCAUUUUUCAAUAAUUGAAAUUAAUUUUAUAUUUGCUGUCAUUUAUCAGUUUUAUUUAGUCAAACCAGCUUCACGCUCAUUAAUUUAUAAAAUAAAAUCGAUAAACAACAACCACGCUUAAAAUGAUGUAUAUAGUAGUAGCACUUGACAGAAAAUCAAAAGUUUUUCGAAACAAUGGGUAAAAGAAGAAAAGUAAACUUUGUAUAAAAAGGGUAAACAAUGAAAAUCAAAAAACAUUCUGGAAAUAUUGAUGUACUUUUGGUAAAAAAGUUUUAAACUAUGAACAAAAAAACAAAUACUUGAACAUGAAACAAGCGACAGUAACAAGAAGAUUCUAUAAGCUGAAGAAAAAUUCAAAAAGUACAGAUUAUAAAGUCACAAAAUGAGUUGACCUGCCGUAAUGAUUAUAUGGAGGAUAUCGGUGAUAUUAGCGAUUUUUCUGAUUAUAAUCAUGGUAACAAUGAUUCAACCCACUAAUUGUACUACUAGAAAAAUAUCAAUGUUACCAUUGCCCAUUACAGCAGGCUGUCCAGUAGGCUGCUCUUGUAAAUGGAAAAAUGGUAAACAAACAGUGGAGUGUAUUAACAAAAAAGUAACAGCUAUUACCAGUUUGGAUAUUAAUCCAGAAACUCAGGUGCUAGACAUAUCUGACAAUGAUUUGUCGGUAACUGGUUUACCUCGUGCAGUUUUUCUUACAACUGGUCUUUUAAACUUACAGCGGAUUCAUAUAUCACGAUGUAAUAUGCAUUACAUACACGAUCAGGCAUUUCGUGGUCUUACUAAUUUGGUUGACUUGGACUUAUCGAGUAAUUUUUUGCGAGAAGUUCCUUCAGUAGCUUUUUCCGAAUGUACAUCGUUAAUGAAACUUAAUUUGGCAGGAAACCCAAUCGACCGAAUACAUGCGCAUGCUUUUAUUCAUCUACAGCAACUCACCUUGCUUGAUCUCAGUGAAUGUGGAUUGCAGCAAUUAGAUGUCGGUGCAUUUGAGGGUCUUCAUAACCUUGAUUGGCUUAAGCUGAACAAUAAUAGACUGACAUAUGUUCUAGGUUAUGACACACUUCCAAAACGAUUGCAUGGAAUUAACUUAUAUCAAAACAACUGGCAAUGUGAUUGUCACAUGAUUGACAUGCAUCGGUGGUUGUUUGAAAGUCGGGUACCGGUCACAUUGGAACCUUUAUGUACGGGCCCCAAUGAAUAUAUUGGUAUACCUAUUAGAGUCAUACCAGUUGUCAAUUUGGCAUGUUCACCUCUAGUAUAUUAUGAAUCACAAGAUAGUGCCACACAAAAUGUCAUUGAAGGAGAAGAUGUUUUAAUGAGGUGUUUGAUAUUAGCCACUCCAGCUGCCUCUGUACAUUGGUUGUUUAAUGAUAAAUCAAUAGAUCGAUAUAACGUGACUGAAUAUGUAACUAUUGAUGGCAAUAAUACAGCUGAACUACGUGUAUAUAAUGCUAGUAAAGAAGAUACAGGGAUAUACACCUGUUUAGCUGAAAAUCAUGCAGGGAAGGCGACAGCAAAUUUUACAUUGUCUGUAACUUCUCGACUGUCAAAUACUGCUGGUUCGUCACCCCCAUCUUCAUCAUCGACAUCAUCUUCAAUCGAAGGAAACGCCGGUAAAUUAUCUUACAUAGCUUAUACAGCUACUGUGUGUAGUAUAGCUAUUAUAGCCACAGUAGCUGGAUUCAUGGCUGUACAUUGCAAUAAAUUAUCUAAAAAAGAUGAUUUGAGUUCAGGAUCGAUUUCUGAUAAAAAACGUUCUACAAGAGUAAUGACUUCGUCAUUAGGGUCAACAAUUGGCUAUCGAACAGUGAAUACGAUAGAAAAGGAACCAAUACCGACUAAUCAUGAAAUUAUUGAGACUGCGUUAGUAAUGCCCGUGGAAGAAGUAGAUGGAAAUCCAGAUGUAGUAAAUGAUGUCAAUAAAAAAGAUAGUAGUUGUGAAGAAUGGGAAAUCGAUUUUAAUGACAUUGUAUGGGCGGAAAGUUCACCGACUACUGGUUAUGUAUCAAUUCAGAUACCUGUACAAUGUGGUAUGGGAUGUUUAGGUGCAUACUAUAUUGCUAACACUGUUACUGAAACCAAAACUAUUGAUCGUAAACAAAGCAGAUGCCAAAGAAGAGCUAUAUUAGCUUCUGCGGCUACAGCUGAUUCUGUAAUAAUGUACAAUGGUUAUAACACCUUACCUAACUCUAGGCGAUCAAUAGCAUUUGAUGACACAGCUACUGAUAUCCGGACAACUGCUCAAGGUUAUCCAGCAAUUGCUCCACCAUUAUCUCAGCCAAAAAUAACAGUCGAUACUGAAAUUGAUACCAUAACUCCUAUUUUAAGUCCACCACUUCCAUUUAGAACUUCCAUAGAUAAUGAUGAUGAUUCAAUAGCUUUGUGAAAUUUGCAUUGAUUGAUAAUGGGAAAUGACUGUUGUAAUCUAUUUACUAAAAACAAUUAUAAAUAAUUAGCAUUAAUUUUACAGUAAUAAAAUCUUACAUUAUAUUGUAAUAUCCAAGUAUUGCUUGGUUUUAAUUUUGUACAAGCAAUUACAAUUUUUUAAAUUAUUUAAAAUGUAAAUAUAAUAAAAAAUGUUAUAAAUUAAAAAAUAUUCCUUUUAUUUUAGAUUUGGUGCAAAACUGAGAAAAUAUUAAUUUUACUAUGAUGUUUUUUUUUAUGAUUGUCGCCACUUUUCUUCAACCCUUACCGGACCAAUUUCUUUCAACGAUUCGUCAAAAUAUCAUAAUUUGUAUCCAGUUGAAGACACUGCCCUUAAAAAUUGGAAAAAUUUCUCUCGUUCCCUGUAAAUAGAGAAAAUCCACCAAAAAAUUACAAUUUUUUAAAUCGGUAAAUUUUGACAUUUUUUUUCUUCAUACUGCCAUAACAUUUUGAAAAAUAAACGUACCAAAAUCAUUUUUUUUUAUGUAAAAACCUUAGGUAUUUCCUAUUUAUUUUAUAUACAUUAUUUGAUAAUCUGUCCCAUUACUUGUUCACAAGGUGGGAUUCAAAAUAGCAACUUUUUCACAAAAUUCAAUGUUUUCAACUUAACUUUUAAAAAUGUUUCGAAAAUACUGCGUCUUUUAAAUAUAUUUUAAAUUAAAGUUUAUGUUACGUAUUAUAAGUUGAAAAAAGAAAUUUAUCCCUACGAUUUAUCUUUUAUAUGUAAAUAGCAGUUGAAUUUGAACAAAAAAUAGGAGUUAAUUUUGUUUUUAAAAUAAUCCACCAAUUUCUUAAAAUUAAAAACUAUCUACAAUUUGUAUCAGAGCGUUUCUUUUGGUUUUAAUCUCUAUCAGAUAUCAUCUAUCCUUGUCCCAACUGUGUUUUUAUAUGCUUGCAUAUAAUACAAGUAUUUCAACGCUAGACACUCAAUUUCCCUUAAAGUAAUAAUUUUUUUUUUUGCUUAACAAGAACAAAAUAUAUUUUUAAAUACAAAGUUACAUAUUUAUUUCCAGUUUUCUGUUAUAACAUAAUUUUUAUAUUCAUCCCUUAUUUUUUAUAAGGGUGUGAAAUUUUUUUUUUAUAAUGAUAAUGUACGAGGGGUUUCCAAAAAUAAAAUGUUCCCUAUGUUUUUCCCCGAUUUUAAAAUGACCUUAAACCUCCAGCUUUUUAGGGAUCUAUAGUCGACUAUUGUUGGUAACACUGGAUUUUUCACGAGUGAAAUUGAGAAAGGAAGAGGAAGUUACUGUCAGUUAAAAAUGACGUCUUUUACACCAAACGUGUUUACCUUGGAAGUCCGUGAAGUGAUUUGUUUUUUGACGUUAAAAGAAUUAUGCCACAAAGAAAUCACUUCUGUUUAUAGUGCAAAAGUUAUAUGUAUAUAAAAAAAUGAGAAAGUUGAUGAAAAAUAUAUAAAACAUAAAAUAUAAAUGAUGUUACACAUAAUUUGUUUGGCAAAUUUUUUUUAUGUAAAUCAAUUUAUAGUAAAAAUUUUAGUGCCAAAAUUGUUUAAAGUAGCUAGUGUAACAAAUUUAAGUGACAACUUUUUAAAUCUUUUAAAAGUUUAUAAUAUAAAUUUGAAUAAAAUAAUAAGAAAUUACACCACUAAUAUUACACAAAAGUACUUUAUAACAGUGUCAUAAAUAUAGCUGACAUAAUUUAUGUCAGAUUUCCCAGACGUACACUGAUUUUAACAGAAUUAUUCCUUAUUUGUAUUUUAUAUUUCAUUUUAUU